UAAACAAAACAUCAAGAAAAAAAGCGAUAGAAAAAAAUAAAUAAAUAGAAAUCCAAGUAGUAAAAAAUAAAUAAAUCAGUCCUCAUCUUCUUUCUCUCUCUCACAUCAUCGUACAAACUCGAAACUGCAAAGUACAAACCCUAGUAAGGAAGAAAACCAUCCCUCAAAAAAAAUCCCCAAGUUCUUCGAAUCCUUAACCCUAAUUUCAACCCUUAACUCUACAUUUUCCUGAACAAUUCGAUCAAAUUUUUAAUUAUUUCAGUGGAAGAUCAAAUCGAAAAUGCAAUCGGAUUCAAAAUUCAGGUCGUAACAGAUCGAAUGAUGGUAACCCUAGCGAAAAGUGAGAAUUACGACGCCGAUUGUAUGGGAACAGAAACAUGCCGGAGCUUCAAAGAGGGGUAAAACGACAUCGUACUUCUGUCAAGAAUCAGAAAUCUGAUCAUUUGGUUGGUAAUUACAUUCGAACUCGCGCCGCGGUUGCUAGAGAAACAGCGAAGGCGGCGGAAGCAGCUGGGAAGAAGGUUGUUGAGGAGGGAGAAAGGGUUGUUAAGAAUCCCCCAAGAACUAGGUUAGCUGUUAAGAAGGCUAAACAGGUAGAAAUUCCAAAAAUUAUUAAUAAUAAUAGUAAUAAGAAGAAGAUUGUUAGUAAAGUUCCGGUGAUUGUGGUCUCUGAGAAAGGAACUCGGUCAAAGGAGAGAGAAUCAGAGGAGGAAGAAGAAGAAGAGGAGGAGGAGGAAGAAGAAGAAAUGUUGGGUGAUGAUAGUGGUGGGUUAAGUGCCAAUAAUAAGGCUACUGGUCAGGAUGAUGAUGGGAAUAAAUCCCCUUUUCCUGAAAGGGUUCAAGUGGGUGGUUCCCCUUUGUAUAAGGUGGAAAGGAAAUUAGGGAAAGGUGGGUUUGGUCAGGUGUUUGUGGGGCGUCGUGUUAACGAACGUGCCACCGGUGUCGGAGCUUUGGAGGUGGCUUUGAAGUUUGAGCAUAAGAACAGCAAAGGCUGUAAUUAUGGUCCCCCGUAUGAGUGGCAAGUUUACAAUACUCUUGGUGGUAGCCAUGGAGUGCCCAAGGUGCAUUACAAAGGGAGGCAAGGAGAGUAUUAUGUAAUGGUCAUGGACAUGCUUGGACCGAGCUUGUGGGAUGUUUGGAAUUCUUCUGGACAGACGAUGUCAGUUGAAAUGGUUGCCUGUAUAGCAGUUGAGUCAUUAUCAAUUCUCGAGAAGAUGCAUACUAAAGGUUAUGUGCAUGGAGAUGUGAAGCCAGAAAACUUUUUACUUGGCCAGCCCUCUACUUCGCAGGAGAAAAAAUUGUUUCUUGUUGAUCUUGGACUAGCUACAAAAUGGAGGGAUACUUCCAGCGGGCAGCAUGUUGAAUAUGAUCAGCGUCCUGAUAUGUUCAGGGGAACAGUUCGAUAUGCCAGUGUACAUGCCCACCUUGGCCGAACAGCCAGCAGAAGAGAUGACUUGGAGUCUCUUGCAUAUACACUUAUAUUUCUUCUGAAGGGAAGGUUACCUUGGCAAGGGUACCAGGGUGAUAACAAAUCAUUUCUGGUGUGCAAAAAGAAGAUGGGAACCUCCCCUGAAGUUUUGUGCUGUUUUUGCCCAACGCCUCUUAAACAUUUUGUUGAAAUAGUUGUGAAUAUGAAAUUUGAUGAAGAGCCCAACUAUUCUAAGUUGAUAUCAUUGUUUGAUGGGUUGAUUGGACCAAAUCCAUCCAUAAGGCCUAUAAACACUGAUGGAGCUCAGAAGAUCAUCUAUCAAGUUGGACAAAAACGUGGAAGGCUAAAUGCUGACGAAGAUGAUGAUGGGCAACCAAAGAAGAAGGUCCGUAUGGGUGUUCCAGCUACCCAGUGGAUUUCAGUUUAUAAUGCACGAUCACCUAUGAAGCAGAGGUACCAUUAUAAUGUCGCUGAUGGUCGAUUGGCACAGCAUGUGGAGAGAGGUAAUGCAGAUGGCUUGCUUAUAAGCUCCGUGGCAUCAUGUUCCAACCUGUGGGCGUUGAUUAUGGAUGCGGGCACUGGCUUUUCUCAUCAAAUUUAUGAGUUAUCAACUCAAUUUUUGCACAAGGAGUGGAUUAUGGAACAAUGGGAGAAGAACUUUUACAUCAGUUCUGUUGCUGGUGCUAGCAAUGGUAGCUCCCUUGUGGUGAUGUCCAAAGGCACUCAAUACACGCAGCAAUCUUACAAAGUGAGUGAUGCAUUUCCCUUCAAGUGGAUAAACAAGAAAUGGAGAGAAGGAUUUCAUGUCACCUCAAUGGCUACUGCUGGAUCAAGAUGGGGUGUUGUCAUGUCCCGUAAUGCUGGUUUUAGUGAUCAGGUUGUGGAGCUAGAUUUUUUGUACCCAAGUGAGGGCAUUCACAAGCGCUGGGACAGUGGUUAUCGAAUAACUUCAACAGCUGCUAAUAUUGAUCAAUCUGCACUUGUCUUGAGUGUGCCAAAGCGCAGGCCAGGUGAUGAAACUCAGGAAACAUUGAGGACCUCUCAAUUUCCUAGCACACAUGUUAAGGAUAAAUGGGCGAAGAAUCUGUAUCUUGCAUGUCUGUGCUACGGAAGAACUGUUUCAUGAUACUCUUGUAAUUAGCAAGUUGUAACAGAAAAUAUGAACAAAAACAGAAUGAGGGCCUUCUUUCUCAUCAGUUGGCCCUUUCCUUAUGUAAGGGAUGGAAUUGGCAGCCAAGUUGGGAACUUUGUUUCUUAAGCAAUUAUGUGUGAAACAGGUCCCUGUAUGUUGUAUUGCUAUUUGUCACCACUAGUGGCCUCCUUUGUCAAUUACAAUCGAUAAAGUGGUGCUAUUUAUGUUCAUUCUGUUCCCUUCGUUCCAGUUUUAUAGUUAAUGAUUCGACAAUGAUUUUUAUUUA